AUUUUUAAUUAGGCUUUUAUUACAAUGUUAGAAGAAAACUAACUGAAGAACUUAGCUUUAAAUGUUUAAUUAAACGUAAUGAAGUUAAACUAAAGUUAACGUUCACGAUACAGAGAAUACCAAAUAGGUCACGUUAUCUUGUACAACUACUACUUACAAGUACUUGUAAGUUGCUUUCCUCAUGCUAAGUGGAAAGAAGCUUUUGAGAUGGCUGUUAGGAGUCUGACUGAGGUUUUUGUGUUGAUGAGAAAUAAUGCUCUGCAGAGUAGACAUAUUUUUUCUGAGCAGGCAUUAGAUGACCAAUCUGCACUGGUUCCACAUAGUGAUGUGGAGAAGGGUAAUACGUCCCUUAGAGACUCGAAGCAACCACCCAUGUGGGUAGAUGGAAUUGAGGAGGUGGAAUAUGAAAUGACCAAAAUAAGACAGAAAAUGAAAGAGCUCAUCACUCUUCAUGAGAAACAUUUAACCAGACCUACAUUGGAUGAUAGUACAGCUGAGGAACGUGAAAUUGAAGUCUUAACAAAAGCUAUCACACGUAUAUUUACUCAUUGUCAACGAUUGAUUCAUCAAAUUGGUUCACGAAGUCGUGGUGCAAGCCUCCAGGAAUCAAGAGUGAACAAAAAUGUUGUUGUGUCCCUUGUUGGGGCACUACAGGAUCUUUUUGUCACCUUUCGAUCUGCUCAAGGCUCCUACUUAAAAAACCUGAGAUCAAGGGAAGAACGUUCUGAGCAAUUUUUUACAACUCCUCUUUCACCCAUGAUCGAUGGAGGUUUUGGUGACAAUUUACUUAUGGACCAAAUGUUUGAACAAAAGUUUUCACAAGAGCAGCUACUUCAAAUAGACAAUAACAGCUAUGUGGUGGAUCAACGUGAAAAGGAAAUAGCCCAUGUUGUUCAAUCCAUAGCCGAGCUGAAUGAGAUCUUUAGAGAUUUAGCAACAAUAAUCGCUGAUCAGGGGACUAUUUUGGAUAGGAUAGACUAUAAUCUUGAAAAUGUCCAAACUCAGGUUCAUCAAGGUCUACAAAAAUUGCAAAGAGCUGAAAGCUAUCAAAGGAAAAACCACAAAAUGAUGUGCAUAUUGGUUUUAGCAGCAACAACAGUGUUUCUGAUAGUACUACUGGUUGCAUUAAAGUUGUUUUAAAAUUAAUUGUUGACUAAAAUUAUUUGUGAAUAUCAACUUGAAAUAAUUGUAUAUAUAUAAAGAUUACUACUUUCUAUUGACAGUAGCUUCAUGUAUCCAUCUUUGAAGAAAAUGUUUUAGACUUUCAAGAGAGUCUCCUUUAUUGUCUACUAUUAAUGCUCUAUUUAUCCACUUCAUGAGCCUAGUAAUAGCACCGUCUUCAAGCAUAAGUUUAAAACCUUAGUAUUGGGCUAGAAAUGGGCCCAGUGUUAUUAGAAAUAUAAGGUACAUGUUAUUAACCUAAAUUUAAAACACAUUAGUUUGGUUGGAAUGGAAAUUACUCUUAAGCAGGCUUCUAACUUAGAAUGUACAUUUUCAUUAAUCUUGUUAGCUUGUAAACUUUUCUACAUCAUACUAAAUUAAAUAUGUAAUUUAUUAGACUUAUUUAAAAACCAAAUUAAAUCAUAAACAUAUUGAAAUUUUAAGGGUAUUAAAUAAUCACUAAAUGUUAGAAACACCUUGGCAGUAGUAUCAGGGCAGCUACAGUUACCUCCUGGUUUAAUUAUGCUGUUUAGUUCAGUGGUUCUCAACAUGAGCCAUAUGGCCCCAGGGGGCCACACCAUCUUUCUAAGGGGCCACACAUGAAUGACAGAAAAUUAGGGGGCCACAGUAAAUUCUGAGUGGGUGACCAAAACUUCACUGCCCAAAUAAAAUAUUUAAAAUUUAUAAUUGAAUCAAACGUUCCUUUCUCCCCGUAUCCCCCACAGCUCAGAAGUCAAGUUACCAGAUGCGACUAGUACUUGAAUAACAAUCAAAAUGUUUGUCUUGAUAUCUGUGAAUGUUUUCGACUGAUUCUCAAGAGCAGCAAGACUAUCGUUGUGCGGUGAUCCACUCUAUAAUUAACAGAAUAUUUUUUACUUGUAUAAGAAAACAGUAUGUUAUAAACAAAAUAUUUAAAAACAAUACAAUAAAUAUAUUAUAAAUCAACUUUUUUCCUAAGUUACAGCAUCUAUGAAGGGUGGGGCCACAGAGAUAAAUCAAACUCAAAAGGGAGUCAUGAGCAAAAAAAGGUUGAGAAACACUGGUUUAGUUGAGACUCAGUUCAUAUUUUACUAUACAUUUCUUCAUAUAGUUUAGCAUUUCUUCUGUGAUAGGAAUUAAUAUUAUUUUAGUUAGUAACAUUGUGCCUGAGAUUGAGGAAGUUAAACAACUAUGAUGUGUGGAUAGAAAAACAGUUCUGUUUUUUUUUAAAUCAGAUU